UUGGCGAGUGCCAGCGAAUGGGGUGAGGAGCGGCUGCAAGCUCCGGAGGUCUGCGGGAGCCGGACCGGACCGCACUUUCUGCUAGCACUGAGCCCCCGCGCUUCUUCUCUCCGCCUCUGUCUGCUCGGUCCACUGCCGCCGCCGUCGCCAUGGCUCAAGCUGACGUCGCGCUCAUCGGGCUGGCUGUCAUGGGCCAGAACUUGAUUUUGAACAUGAAUGACCACGGCUUUGUGGUCUGUGCCUUUAACAGGACAGUCUCCAAAGUAGAUGAUUUCCUGGCCAACGAAGCGAAGGGAACUAAGGUGGUGGGCGCGCAGUCCCUGAAGGAGAUGGUGUCCAAGCUGAAGAAGCCACGGCGGGUCAUCCUGCUGGUCAAGGCCGGCCAGGCCGUGGAUGACUUCAUCGAGAAACUGGUCCCGUUGUUGGACACCGGCGACAUCAUCAUCGACGGGGGAAAUUCUGAGUAUCGUGACACCACAAGGCGAUGUCGAGACCUCAAGGCCAAGGGCAUCUUGUUCGUGGGGAGUGGCGUCAGUGGUGGCGAGGAAGGGGCCCGGUACGGCCCGUCUCUCAUGCCAGGUGGCAACAGAGAGGCUUGGCCACACAUCAAGACCAUCUUCCAGAGCAUCGCUGCGAAAGUAGGAACCGGAGAGCCCUGCUGUGAUUGGGUAGGAGAUGAGGGAGCCGGGCACUUCGUGAAGAUGGUCCACAACGGCAUCGAGUACGGCGACAUGCAGCUCAUCUGCGAGGCCUACCACCUGAUGAAGGACGUGCUGGGCAUGGGGCACGAGGAGAUGGCCCAGGCGUUCGAGGAAUGGAAUAAGACUGAAUUGGACUCAUUCCUGAUUGAGAUCACCGCCAGCAUCCUCAAGUUCAAAGACAGCGAUGGCCAACACCUGCUGCCCAAGAUCAGGGACAGCGCGGGGCAGAAGGGCACCGGGAAGUGGACGGCCAUCUCCGCCCUGGAGUACGGUGUCCCUGUCACCCUCAUCGGAGAAGCUGUCUUUGCUCGGUGCUUAUCGUCACUGAAGGACGAAAGGGUCCAAGCUAGCAAGAGGCUGAGGGGCCCCCCAAAGACCCAGUUUGGGGGUGACAAGAAGUCCUUCCUGGAGGACAUCCGAGAGGCCCUCUAUGCGUCCAAGAUCAUCUCCUAUGCGCAGGGCUUCAUGCUGCUCAGGCAGGCGGCCGCCGAGUUUGGCUGGACCCUCAACUAUGGCGGCAUCGCCCUCAUGUGGCGUGGGGGCUGCAUCAUCCGCAGUGUUUUCCUGGGGAAGAUAAAGGAAGCCUUUGACCGCAGCCCUGACCUCCAGAACCUGCUGCUUGAUGACUUCUUCAGGUCGGCCGUGGAGAGCUGCCAGGAUGCGUGGCGGCGCACGGUCACCACCGGGGUCCAGGCGGGUAUCCCCAUGCCCUGCUUCACCACUGCUCUGGCCUUCUACGAUGGCUACCGACACGAGAAGCUGCCCGCCAACCUCCUCCAGGCGCAGCGGGAUUACUUUGGGGCCCACACCUAUGAGCUCUUGGCCAAGCCGGGCGAGUUCAUCCACACCAACUGGACAGGCCACGGCGGGAGCGUGUCCUCCUCCUCGUACAAUGCCUAACAGGCCGCUGCUCCGCCCUCGGACCCCACACACGGGACCUUCCUGGCUACAGCACUCCGCCCCACUCCCCACCCCAUCUCCAGCCCAGUGUGGGUGACUUGUGAGGUCACAGCACCUUGUGCUCUCUCCCUCGCCCUUUGGACCGCCCAGGAACUGAGGGACAGUGGGGACCACGCAGCCCAGCAACAGGGCUGGGGGUCGGCAGGGCCCUCACACAGCUGGGCUCCCUUUCUUUCUACUCAGUAAAAGCCAUGUUGUGUUUACGCCUUUUCUCUACACUCAAGUCUCACCUGGGCCACACCCAGCAGUCCUCCAGCCACAGACAGAAUUGCAGUGGUUUUAAUAAAUUUGAAUCGAUUUUUC